AUGGAUAAUAAUAGUCAACCUUCUUUUAUUAAGCGGGAAAAGGAAUUUAUGAAACUUCCAGAAAUCCAAAUAGUACUUCCUCAACGUUUAAAAGAAAAAUUAAUAGAUGAUUGGGCAACUAUUAUGAGAGACAAAAUUUUAUACCAUCUGCCUUGUUCGAUUACUGUGGACGAGAUAUUAGUAGAUUAUUUGAAUUAUAAACGUGGUAUUACUUCUUCCACUUCUGGUGAUAACUCAUUGUCUUCUUCUACAUCCUCAUAUUCUUUAUCUUCCAAAAAUGCUUCAAAAUCGAACGAUUAUACAUCUUCAAGGUAUGAAGAUGUUCACGAGGAAAUUACGAAUGGAAUUCAGGCUUAUUUUAACACUUGUUUGGAUACUAUGCUCUUGUAUGAUGAAGAAAGAGUUCAAAAUGAAGAUGUUCACAAAACUUAUCCGGACAAAGAAUGGUCAGAAAUCUAUGGAGCAGAACAUUUGUUAAGAUUAUUUGUUGAACUUCCAAAAUUACUUGUUCACACUGAUUUAGAUGAAAAGGCUAUGGAUAUCCUUAAAGGACACUUGGCAGACUUCUUAAAAUUUUUUGAAAAAAAUAGAUCACAUUAUUUUGUGGGAAUGUAUGAACAUGAUUUGAGUAUUCCCCCUAACAAGAAAUUAAAAUCUAGUGGCAAGAGAGCAGCAAAAUCUUACUGUACAAAUUGUAGAACAUUCAAUUCGCCUGAUUGGCAUGCUGGAGAAACUCCUGAUCAAAUACUUUGUAGCACAUUAAACCCUAAUUCUGCAGCAAGACUUCAGACUGAGGCCCAACUUUUGGUUGCUAACUUCUGGUCCAAUUAUGAUGUUCUGGCACUAUUGACUGACUUAAAUGACUAUUGGGAGUAUUUUUGGUUAGAUGGAAAUGAUGUAUGUUUUUGGAAAAUCGAAGAAAGAGCCAAAGCAGUUGCCAUAUUAAAAGACUAUGUAAAUGUUGUUGGAGUUAAUGAUAUUGGUAGAAUUGGUAGUGAAGUGGGAAUGUCCAUUGAUUAUCCCAUUGGCAAAAGAAGAAAGCUUGAUACUAACGAGCUAGUCACUGUUCCAUCAUCAGAUAUUGCAAACAUGGAAGACUUUGCUGAUGAAAUGUCAGAGAUAGAGUUGAAGCAGUGGAGAGUCCGAUGUCUUAUGAGAAAAUUUUUCUCAAUGCCAUAUCCUCAAACAGUCCUUGCUGAAGUUAUUGAAGAUGAUAAAUUUCCAUCACAUAUAAAAUAA